GCACUGCUGUCAAGUGGGAAUAACGACUGUGCCUGUCAUGGCUGUUGUUUUCGUCUUCUCUGCUAAAAAAUUGAUUGAAUGAUCUGAACUGAUUGCGAACGAGAGCGUAGAGUGAUCGAGAGAGUGGACGAGCGAAUGAGCGAACGAACGGAAGUGCGUGAGCAAACGAGAACGAAGUGUUGGGGUGAAGGUAAUCCUGGUCUACCGAGAGCGCAUAAUAGAUUAUCGCACCCAACUCACCGGCCCACCACUAUACGUGCGGAAAGCUUCCAUUGGCCCUAGCUACCAUAUUAUGCCCCGGUUGCAUAUCGUUAAAAAGGUUGAAUUUCAGUAGCCGCAACUACGUAACACCGGUGCAACAGACAUACAGGCACGCGUCGCGCUGCCCCCGCGGGAGGAACGGAAUGGCGGUGGAAAUGGGUUAUAACGGUACGGUGCUGGUCGUGGAGGAGGAAGGCGACGAAGCGGUCGAGAUCCCGCUGGAGGAGGACGGUACGCUGCUGCUUUCGACGCUGCAGGCCCAGUUCUACGGUGCGUGUGGUCUGAAAUAUCGCAACCCGGAUAAUAAAGCCAUACGGGGUGUGCGGCUCAAUGACAACAAGCUGCACCCAUUCUCGCCCGACUCGGGCUGGGGUAACCAUGUGUACAUAUGCGUGUUUCCGAAGGAAAACAAACGCAAGAGCGACGACAAGCUGGAAAAUUCGACACCCAAGACGAAGCGGAUCGAGAGCCGGAACCGCACCACGACGGACCUGAUCGUGCUGGGGUUACCGUGGAAGACGACCGAGGAAAGCCUGCGGGAGUACUUCGAAACGUUCGGCGAUCUGCUGGUGGUGCAGAUAAAGAAAGACUCCAAGACCGGCCAAUCCAAGGGUUACGGGUUUAUCCGGUUCGCCAGGUUCGAGAGCCAGAUGAAGGCGCUCUCGAAGCGGCACCUAAUCGACAGCCGCUGGUGUGACGUGAAGGUGCCUAGCAGUAAGGAUCAGACGCAGCACCAGAUGCCAAGCAAGAUAUUUUUAGGCCGCCUGACGGAGGAUAUCAACGCCGACGAUAUCCGGGACUACUUUAGCAAAUACGGCGAGGUGACGGACGUUUUCAUACCGAAACCAUUCCGGGCGUUCGCCUUCGUCACCUUCAUUGACCCGCACGUGGCGCAGAGCCUGUGCGGGGAGGAUCAUCUGAUCAAGGGCACGUCGGUGUACGUGUCGACGGCGUCGCCCAGGCCGGAGCACGGCCGGCAUCACGGCAAAGGCCAGAUGGGGGGAAAUUUUUCCAACUACGAUGAGCGUGGCCGUGGGGGAGGGGGAGGCGUUGGCGGUGGUAGCGGCGGCAGCGAGUAUCAUCGGGGCAGUGGUGGCGGGCAUGCGGUAGGUCCCCACGUUCCAGCACCCAACAAUAAUUACCAUCACGGUGGAGGUGGUGGUGGUGGUGGCGGCGGCGGCGGCGGAAGCGAUGGUGGCGGCCCCGGUGGGUACAAUAAUCUACAGUCGGGAAGCGGUGGUAGCCAACAGCAGCCUAUCUGGAACUACAACGAGUACACGGCUCAAAAUCGGCAAAACAACAGCAACAUUGAAUCGAUGCCGAACCUACAGGCACUUGGCAUUAACUCGAGCGGCCCAAACGGGCAGCGGGGAGGCGCGGUCGGUGGCGGCCUACACAGUGGGCACCACGCGGGGAUGGGAAACCAUCUGAGCGGUAGUGGUGGUGCCGCUGGAUCCGCUCCCGGUGGUCCGGGCAAUAAUGGGGCCGGGGUGAUUGGCGCCCACGGUGGACCGGCGGCUGGUAACAUGAAUCUCUACCAGAUGCCAAUCAAUCCCGCAAUCAUAGCUGCCGCCCUGAGCCAGUGGAGCUUAAUCGGGAACCAGAUGCACAACAACGCCCAGGGCGCGGGUGGACCGGGCGGACCGGGUGGGCCCGGAGCUCCCGGGCAGGCGAACGCGAACGUCCCUGGUGGACCGGCCGGUGGGCCGCCGGGGCCGGGCGGUGCGGCCGGGCCCGGACCCGGUGCGUCCGAACAGGAGUACCUGCCCUGGAACGGGACCGGUAAUGGGGCGCCGGGUGCCGGUGGACCGGGUGCUGGACGUGUCGAUCAGAACCGCCAGUGAGCCGGUGACCCGCGCAACUCUUCAACAGUCUUAACUUAUAGUACCGGCGACCCUGACUGCAAACGACUCGCCCCAUCUUCGAUCUCCCCGGAUAGCACAUAAGCGUGAGUGAGGGUGGUGAGGAGGAGCAUGAGGAGGAGGAUGCUAGCGAUGUAGUGGGUUGAAAGAGCGAGCGAGCGAGCGAGCGCGCAAGAGAGCAAUAGAGCGAAAGAACGAGAGAGAGAGAGAGAGCGAGAUGGGGUGGGUGUGAACAUAAAGGAUGUUGUGAGUCGUCCGAUGAUGAUGAAUGUGUGACUACGUGAAACUAGCGUGAAUCAUAGAGUAGUGUGUGCAUGGGGGGAUGUGUGCAGCAGUGUGCAGCUCCUUCGAGCGCGUGUGUGUUUGUAAGAGUUUUCAAACGUAACUUUAUCCUUAUUUUAAUAUAAUUGUCAACUAUUGGGUUCGUUUCCGUGGCAACGCGCCGAACGACCUCCCUAUACCGUCGUCUUACACAAACACACAACAUAUAAAGGCUUAUUGUUCGCUUUGAUGAUUCUUUUGAAGCAGCGAAGCAUUAAAUUAAUCGAGGACGACGCGCACAGGACACCGGCAGGCACCUUGCUUUGCCGGCUUUUUGGCAAACGUGAGCGUUUUCACGGUUUCAACAGUAAAAUGCAACAGUUAGAACAUUUUUCCUUCCUUUUCCUGCUUUUUUUUAUAUAGCUAACACGACGAUAUUUCAAAAGUGUGUUUAUGUGUGCGUGUGUGUGUGUGCGUGUGCGUGUAUGAGUGUUUGAUCCCAUGAUGUUUGAUCAUGGGUUUUACAUCAUUGUUUACUAUUAAAAUCCCUUUCUUUUCUCUCUGUUACCUUUGCGUCCUUGUAUCGACCCGCGUAUAUACGUAUGUAUGCAACAAAACCCUUAAUGGAGGACGACACACAAAAAAAGCCAACAAAGUGUAGACUGCAAUAAUAAGUCGAUCGCGCUGACGGUCGGCAAACCCGACGUCGAUCGUCGUAGUAGAACCAAACUGUAAACCUAAAAGCAAACGCCCGGCAGCAAUAUAAUUAUUACGAGCCUAACUGGACUCACAAGACACACUCACACACAACACGGUUCAAACCCGGAACCGGAACAAACGAAUCCCAUUCGACUUUUUUCGGUCCUGUUGCAUACAUUAGGCUUUACAUCGUAUGGUUUGAGAAAGAAACAACCACAAAAAGCAAGAUGAAAAGGUGUAAAACAAAACAGCAAACAAAAAAAAAAGAACAUGAUUGAAUGUAAUACAAAAUCUGUCAUCAACGGUUUAAUAAAUACAGUAUAAAGUAAAUGAA